UUUCCUUUUUCCCUUUCUUGCCUUCGUGUAUAUCUAUGAAUACAACCCGCAGUUUUUUCAUCACAGCCCCAAGGACGACAAAACGCCUAGUUACCCAACAGCUUAGAAGACAGCACGCAAUGGCUUACCCCAUAAACCACUCCAAUCCCACAGACCUCUUAUCCAAGCUUCCGGAAAAGUUCGACGAGGCUCGAUCCUCCGGACAGCUCUUUUACUUCCCUAGUGAAGCAAAGGAUGUAAUCUCUCAAGGACGAAGGUUCAACGUCCGUCUCUGCCCUGCCCUCCAAGACAAGGCCAAGGCCAAAGCAGAUGCUCUCGCUGCUAUUCGCGCCGAAAAGGAUGGAUCUCCAGACAAGAAAAGACCUCGCGUGACUAAUGAAGAUGAUAAAGUCGAGCUUGUGAACAAGCAAAAUGAGCUGGAACCUUUCAAGCCACCUUACGUCCCCGAAUUGUUUGUUGGAUCUUUGGAGGGAUUCGAGGGCGAGGAGGGCAUGUCCAUUUUGCUUAACAAGUACUCCCUUCUCCCGGGACACAUCCUCCUUUGCCCUUUCACUUACCAACCUCAAGACCUUCCUCCUACCCCUCCUCAACUCGCUCUUGCGUACAACAUCCUCCUCGCUGCUUCCCGUCAUCCCAUUCGGCCUAGCAAGCUGCUCGCGUUCUACAAUGGCGGCGAAGGUGCUGGAGCGAGCCAGAAAUGGAGGCAUUUGCAGUUUGUCGAAGCUCCAGGAGGAAGGGCGCCUGUGGAAGAAUGGGUACAGGAGGUGCAAUUUGACAGACUUGACAAACCUGUAAUCCUGCCGAACCUCCCUUACCUUCACAUCGUCCACCCCUUGCCUCCUUCUGCUCAAAUGCCCGUACCUCCCACUUCCGAAUCGACAGAACAACUUAUUGAUUUCCUCGCUCCUGCGUUGAUGAGACUCUUGGAUAUGGCGUUUGACGCUGCUCGCAGAGGUGGUGGGGACAAGGACGGUGGAUGGAACAUCUUGAUGACCCUUGAACACCUCCACCUUAUCCCCCGUACCCUCCCUUCCUAUCCUCUUCCUUCACCCCACCCGCCUCUUGAGCUCAACUCCCUCGGUUACGCCGGUAUGAUGCUUGUUCGCUCCCCCGAACAGGAGGCAGCGCUCAUGCAAGCUACCGAGUCCCAAGGCGGCCUUAUGGGCGUUUUGGCCAAAUGUGGUGUUCCUAGAGAAUUCGGAGAGCAAGUGUUGGAAGCGGAGGCUGCCUUCCAUGGUCAGAUAGAACAAGAGAUGCUAAGCGGUUAAUAGAAAUAAGUAAGUAGUAGAAUCGUAAAUGCGAGCAUUCAGUGCAUGGUAUAAUUCUGCAGGGUAUCGUUUUGCAAUGUUGAUUUGUAGCAAUUGAUGAUCUCAUACUUCUCCACCAACCCAAGCCCACACUAGGAAUCCAAAACCCCACGGACCCAUGGCGGCCAUCUUCCAUCCGACACUUUUCAUCGUCCUCACCAGCCUGCCCUCUUGCUGAAAAGCCUCUUUCAUCGGUGCUGACUGCAACAGUCCUUCUGAAUGAAUGAAGGGGCGGAUACCCUUAGUUCGGAGAACUUCAAGUAUUGGAUGAGGUUUGCCCCGUCUCAAAGUAUUGCUGCUAUUUGAGCUCGAAACGCUUCCUGCUCCGCCAGCUUGAGCUCGUCCUUGUGCUUUUUCGGCACGCAUCCUCUCCCUUUCGUCAAGCAUCAUGAUCCUUUGACAAGUCCUAAGCGGCCUCCCAGCCAUCUGUGCGAGAUAGCUCGCAAUAAUGCCCCCAGUGACGAUGGUUGUUGCUUGCGCGACACGGGCAAUAGUGGGCGCUUGGGGCUGAUCGGAAUCCGGGCGGUAUUUGGCAGGAGAGUUGGAGAUUGAUGGGGAUGCACUUUGCGGAUGAUCGUCUGGGAAUUCGAUAAUAAAUAUGUUUUCCCAACCAUGCUCAAUAUUACCCCCAAACAGGGCUUUUACUCGUAGAGCCACGCGGCGCGUAACAUCAAAGGCGGCAAAGAAACAGCUAUAGCUCAGUCUACCCACGAAACUAUCAGCUUCGUUUACAAAUGAGUUGAAAGGCCCUCUCACGCGUCACGAGCCACCACCCAUCGCCAUCCAGUCCACCAAUUCCUAUUCUUCCUCCAAGUUUCACUUGCAAACAAGUUUUUGAUGGCUUGCAUAGGCGUUGCCGGUUGUUUCCCUUCGAAUGCAUUGGGUACUUCGGGUACGGGCAAAUGGACAAGACGGGCGAGAAGUGUAGCCCAAGAUGUGGCAGAUUGGUGAAGGAAACUGCAAUGAAUGAGCAUGGCAGACAUGGAACGAUCAUGGUUUGCUUACCGUACAACAUUCUCUACUGGCGUAAAGGCAGCACCCUGCACGAGUCCUGCGCCCGCCCCAGCAAUCGCAGACAAAAUCGUCGGAUGAUUUGGAAUGAUUGAAGGACCCCUGAUCAAUGUUUCCAGAUUGAUAUCUUCUUCCUCGUCGACUUCCGUCCCAUCUUCCAUUUCGAUCUUUCUCUGGAAGAAUGAUAACCGAGAGAGCCCCAGAGUGAAGAGGGAAUGGGACGUGAAUAGCAGGAAGCCUAGCGUUGCGUUAACCAGCAUUGGAGGAAGGAUCGUCAGGGUCACCGCAAUUAUACCAGCUUUUUGUCUAAGAAGGGAUCUGAUGAAAGCUGGGGAUAUAGUUUGUUCAGUUGACAGAGCUAAUUGCCUUAGACCCAACCAGGUAUCCACUAUAAUUCCUUGAGUCAGCAAAGCCAAUUAAAAGCCUAUAUAUCCGGAUCAGGACACUUUCAGCAUACCUCAUCUAUUAACUUACCGGUAAAAAGCACCAAAGAUCUAGCAAAGGCCGCAGAAACCGAGGUAGACGUGGUCGACACUGGCAAGGUGUCUGUUUGGUUUCUUCUGUUCUUAUCCUUGGCAGCAGCAGAGAACUGCACUGCGUUCUUGACAGCCGACCAUUUUGCGGGUCCCUGGACGCCUUUGCUGUCUGCUAUAUGCGCGACAGACAUUAUGGCGACAUAUUCGCUUGAAGAGGUAGAUGUGUAGAUGCUAAAUGGAAAUGUACGAAUAAGUUGAAUGUCCUCGCUGC